CAGUUGAUGCGAAUGCAUAGUUUCCUUCGUGUUAUCGUUGAAUGAUAAGUGUCGGCUAGUCUUUUUACUACUUUGAUUCAUCUAAAUGUAUGUAGCAGUUUAUUAUAAACACAACAGACAAGGUGAACAUGUACGUGUUUCUCUGCCGUCAAUGACUGAUCUGGUUGCUCUUGAUGACCUAAAGUGGGAGUGGAAAAGACAGUAACCUACUUCCUGUCCAUAAUAAGGGAGUGGCAAAGUGUACCUGGGUAUUGGUGUUAUAGUUUCCCGAGGUAUUGCCACAAUGAAAAGCUGUUUCCAUGUAUCCGGGUCGACAAACUUCUCUGAUUGACUACAGUCAACAUCUUUUGGGAUGAAGGUGACUUCAGAAAGUUAGACACUUAAGGUAUUGGAGAAGUGACUCAACGACGCAGAUGUUGGCCUCAUACCCAAGUAACACAACUGCUGAUGUUUAUGUGUGGUCCAGCAACCACUGCACGGCCCACGCAACUCCAGAAGACAGUGAUUCAGACACAUGGAUGCUGGCGACCCCGCUUCCACUGAAGGAACCCGGUCCUUCCUCUGAAGGAAUGGACACCGACAGCACCAGUUCCAGCCCCGAACCAGCCGAGUUCACCUCGGACCACGAGGAGUCUCAGGGGCAGAUGGAUUUGUUCCGCAAACUUGGGUUUUCCGCUGCGCAGGUGCGCGCCGUCCGCCAUAAAUUGGGACUCAAUGCGGACACCAACACGGUCCUGGGGGAGCUCGUGCUGGCGGGCGUUGAGCAGGAGGAGAAGAACUGUUCUGGCUUGGUUCCGCGCGGGGAAAGUCCACACGAACCCCACGUCAGCCUGCCCCAUGCCCCGGUCGCCUGGGCUUCCACACAGGAGGAGCGCUCUGUGGACGGAGACGCGUUGAAAUCGAUCGUCAUCGAUGGGAGUAAUGUUGCCAUGAGCCAUGGCAACAAGGAAGUGUUCUCCUGUCUGGGAAUCCAGUUGGCCGUAGACUACUUCCUGGUCAGAGGUCACACUAACAUCACCGUGUUUGUGCCCUUGUGGAGGAGAGAGCAGCCGAGGCCUGAUGUUCCCAUCACUGAUCAGCAUAUCUUGCGGGAGCUGGAGAAGAGGAAGAUCCUAGUGUUCACGCCAUCGCGCCGCGUGGCUGGCAAACGAGUAGUGUGUUAUGACGACCGCUUCAUCGUCAAGCUGGCGUACGACUCGGACGGCGUCAUCGUGUCCAACGACACGUACCGUGACCUGCAGGGCGAGAAGCCGGAGUGGAAGCGCUUCAUCGAGGACAGGCUCCUCAUGUACUCGUUUGUUAAUGACAGGUGAGUUAGACACGCUCUCAUACCUGGCUUUGGCAGAAUUAUGGCUGAUUUUAUUGAGAUGAGAGCCAGAUCCAUGGCAUCUGCUGUUUUAUGGCAGUUGACUGUGUUAAGUAGUAGGUUGACA